AUGACGUCGCUCCUGGGUCACCCGGCUGGUGGUGAGGGUAUCGGCUACUCCUUCUCCCAACCAACAGCUGCCCCUGUCAAGCAACAUGGAUUCUACCCAUAUACCGACAACGGCGGCUCGACCCUAGGCAUCACUGGAUCCGAUUUCGCUAUCCUUGCUGGCGACACCCGCUCUACAUCAGGCUACAAUAUCAACUCUCGGAUGGUUCCCAAGGUUUUCAAGAUCGGCGGUGAUGAUGAGACCGGCGAAGGAGCUCACAUUGUUCUAUCUGUGGUCGGCUUCGCUGCGGAUGGCAAUGCUCUAAAGGAACGACUGGAUGCCGUGGUGAAGAUGUACAAGUACCAGCAUGGGAAACCCAUGUCUGUUUCUGCCUGUGCACAGCGACUAUCCACAAUCCUAUACCAGAAGCGGUUCUUCCCUUACUACGUAACCGCCAUCUUGAGCGGUCUGGACGAGGAAGGCAAGGGCGCUCUGUACAGCUAUGACCCUGUGGGCUCAUACGAACGGGAGCAAUGCCGAGCGGCCGGUGCAGCGGCAAGUUUGAUUAUGCCCUUCCUGGACAACCAGGUCAACUUCAAGAAUCAAUACAUCCCUGGCAGCGGAGAGGGCCAUGCAUUGGAGCAAAAGAAGGCCGAACCUUUGCCCCAGACGACCGUCGAGCAAUUGGUGCGGGAUGCAUUCACAAGCGCAGUUGAGCGGCAUAUCGAGGUCGGUGAUCACCUUCAAAUGAUGAUUAUCACCCGGGAAGGAAUUCAGGAAGUUUUCCACCCAUUGAAGAAGGAUUAG